AUGGCGCAACCCAACAACCCGACCAACAGCUACACGCAGGGCCACUCCAACUAUACAGUGGCAACACACCUGACACGCACGGCCGAGUCGGACGCCGGCUUCCUGCUCCCCCACAUCAAGACGACGGACCACAUCCUCGACGUGGGCUGCGGGCCCGGGACCAUCACGACAGGACUGGCCAGGUACGCCAGCGCGGGGGCGACCGUGGGCAUCGACAUCUCUGUGGAGGUGCUGGAGAAGGCCAAAGCCGUGGCGGCGGCGGCAGAGACCAAGAUCCCCGACUCGGGCCCCGGCAGCGUCGUGUUCCAGGAGGGCAACGUGCUCGAGCGGCUCCCGUUCGCGGACGAGACGUUCGACGUCGUCUUCGCGUCCCAGGUGAUCGGGCACAUGGUGCCGGUGGACCUGGCGCGCCGGGCGCUGGGCGAGAUGCGCCGCGUGCUCAAGCCCGGCGGCGUGCUGGCCACGCGCGACGGCGCCGAGCAGCACUUCUACCCGCGCUCCUCGGGCCUCGACCGCCUGUGGGUGCAGAACGCGGCGCGCGCGGUGCGCCACGGCGUCACGGCCGAUGACGUUGACGAUGUCGACUCGCCCGCCACGAGCAUGCCCGCACUGCUGCGCAGCGUGGGCUUCAACACCGACGACCCCCGCAAGAUCCGCAUCGGCGCCGGGGCCUCCGUCUUCGCCGGGCCCGACACCAGGAAGUGGCUGGCCUGGCGCGCCGCGGGCCAGCUGAAGCAGGGCGACCCGUUCCGCCAGAGCUGGCUGGACGCGGGCAUCACCGAGGACGAGAUCCGGCAGACCCUGGACGCCGUCCACAAGUGGGCUGAGACCGAAGACGCCUGGAUGGCCGGGAUACAGUGUGAGAUGCUCGCGUGGAAGUAA